UUGGCUCGGAGCCGCAUGGGCCCUGGCGCUGGGGCGUUCUGCGCCCGCUCGACCUUCCACUCUCCUCCAGUUACGGCUGGUCGGUCCUCCCAACGCCCCGCGCCCCACUUCCGCACCCCGCUCCUGAUACUUCAUUGCGUCCAUGUGCAACCGGCCCUGCCGCCUCGCGCUUGCGGCUCUCCUGGCUCUGUCGGCCGAGGGUCUCUCCCUGGCUUCCUCGGGCACCGCCGCUCAGAGGAGGCAAGACCGCGCAAAUGACGGCCACGACAAGGGUGGCCACGCUGCGGACGGCGCCGGGAAGGACGGGCUCACUCCGAAGCAGCGGGAGAGGGCUCACCUGGCGAGGUUCGAGAAGGAUUUCACGGUGGAGCUGAACAUGACGGACGCCCAGGCGCAUGGCCUGGCAGUGGGCAUGCAGCUGGACACGGACACGGACUUCGAGCCUGUCUCGGUCCUGAAGAUCCGGAAGAAUGGCCUGCUGGAGGUGUGGAACAGGGCGAAUCCCGACAGGGCGGUGCACGUGGGCGACGAGAUUAUGAAGGUCAACGACAUCCUGUGGCACCACAACUCGCGCACUUUUGUGGAGCGCAUCAAAGGGCAGCUUCAGGCGGCCAAGGAGAGCAGACAGGGCGCCAGACGAGUCGUCACCCUGGCCAUCCAGCGCCCGAGGCACCGGCAGGAGGUCCGCUACCAGACGCAGAGGCUGGACCUGCACCAGCACCUGUAUUCGAAGGAGUUCGUCGGUACGGCGGCGGAUCUCCUUGGAGCGAGGCCACGAGAUGGGCUGGGAGCUAAAUACUACCGUCGACUGGGUGCCGGUGUCCGUCCAGAAGCUUCAGAACACGGGCCUGGUGGCCCUCUGGAACCAGGAGCACCCCGAAUUCCGGAUCUACCCUGGUGAUGAGAUCCUCAGGGUGAACCACAUCGAGUGGCACCACAACUCGAAAGCGUUUGAGGGCCGCAUUCUGUCGCAGCUCCGCCACGUGAAACAGAAGAGGCCCAUGUCCUUGCACAUCAGGAGACCCAGGUCGGUGGUCGAGGAGGUGGAGAACAGGUCCUUCGACAGGUUCUUCUCCGUGACCCUGCCCUGGACCGACGAGAUGUUGCCCCUUGGCUGCCUGCAGAGCGACACCAUGGACCCCGCCGGCGGUGGCAGCGCCAUCCGUGCCUGGAACGAGGCGAACCCCGCGAAGAGGCUGGCCGUCGGCGACUGCAUCCUCGGGGUGAACCGCGAGCGGUCGCGCCCCGGCGAUGCCGGCUCCAAGUACAGGUUCGUGGAUGCGGCCGGGCCGCGCGCGGGGGGCUCGCGGCGCCCACACAGCCUCACGAUGCUCGUCUCUCGAUCCACCGGCUUCUCCUACACCAGGGGCUGGCUGGCAGAGGUCCCCGCGCGCGUCGGCCAGAGCCUGGGCCUGCAGACGAAUGCGACCGAUGACGGGUUCCCGGUCACGAUCCAGAAGAUCCGCGCGCUCGGGGCGGUUGCCGUCUUCAACGAGGACCACCCCGAGGAUGCCCUGGCCGUUGGGGACCAGAUCUUCAAGGUCAACGACGUCCUGUGGCGGAGCGACUCCCGCGAGUUCCAGAGGCGCCUGCAGGAGCAGUUCGCGCGGUCCCGGCGGAGCGGCACGGUGCGCCUGUGGGUGCAGAGGCCCGCCGGUGUGGACCCGGGCGCCGAGGGCAGCGAGGACUACAUGGAGUUCUCCGUCGAGCUGCCCGUCACGUCAUCCAAACCCAUGGGCUGGGAUUUCGAUAUCACAAACAAGCAGGCGCCGGUCUCCAUCCGCAUCGUCUUCGGGUUCGGUACCGUGAGCGACUGGAAUAGGGACAACCCGAUGAAGGACAUCCAGGCCGGGGACAUUAUCAUGCAGGUCGGCGACAACAUCUGGCACAACAACACGCACGAGUUCAUGCAACGCUUCAAUAAGCAGUUGUCGACCGCCGCCGCCACCAGCCGCAAGGGAGGAAAGGGUACCCUCUGGAUGCAGAUCCGCAGGCCCUUCCGCGCACCCUCGCGCACUAUGUCAGAGGGGAAGGAGAAGCUCGGAGAGGGCGACGUGUUUGGCGCCGAAGAGUAAGGUCUCAAUGUUAGAUUCGUGACGGCAGCGCGCGCGCUCGCUCAAUGUUAGAUGCGUGACGGCAGUGUGCGCCCUCGUUAUGCUUGCUCCCACUGCCCACCUUUGUAAUGUCUCUUCCUCCUCCUGCUGUCCCACUCUCCCCGCACUCCCCUUGCCAUAGUGGGGAGCUUCUGUCACGUUGUUGGCCAGCUCUUCUGGCGCACGGUAAGCCUUGUGAUGCGACAGGUAUGCGAUUGGCAUGGCUGUGGGCACAAUCUCGAUGAGCGGGGCCGUGCGGCAUUUUGCGAGGCAUUUUGUUGCGUCCAGGCUUCUCCUGAUGGCGAGGUCUGCCAGCAGCGAAACAAAGAUCACGC